UUUUUUUUUUUUUCCGUCUCAAUGAACGACGUUGGGUUUUCGCCACGUCUAUUGUCUCCAGUCUCUGGGCUGGUGACGUUGGUUCGAGACGCGUCGUCCUCGUUCCUCGCGUCGGUCAUCGCUGCACCUGCGACGGAAGCCCAAUCCCAGGUCCACGCUCAAACCCGCGCUCUGGCAUCGACACCCUCGAUCGUGCACACCGUGUCUGAUGCAACGGUGGCCGAUCGAGCUGCGUCUGGGUCUGGAUCUCUCCUCGUCGCCGAGCCACUUCCUGUUGUGCCAAGCGCAAGCGCAAGCUCAAACUCGGCCGUCGGGCUCCAUCCCGCUGAUCAGAAGCUCAGCACUGCAAUGAUGCCAUUCAGGUCGCACGGCCUGCGUGUUGCGUCGGUCGCUGCAACUGCCGCCGCUGUGCUUGCUGGCGUCCGCCGUCGCGCAGCCACAUCGCUGACCCGCCAGCUGCACCCGCUGCUCGUGAUGCCAUCUGCUGCUGCAGCUGCUGCUGUUGCUGCUGCGUCCUCGUCGUCGUCGUCGCUGGCUCUUGUGGCGCGGGCGGUCGCUGGACCCGCACUCUACACGCCCGUUCCUGCCGUCGCCUUUGCUUCUCUGCCUUACCGCCGUGCUGCUGCAACAAUGCCGUUCGGUGUAUCGUCACGCUUUAGCAGUUCCUCUGCUCCAACUUUGAUGCCCCAACCAUCCUCCUCCCUGACACUGACAAUGCCGACACGCUCCUUCUUUGGCCAGGCCAACAACCGCUCGGUCAGCUUCCCUUCUGCCAUCAACCCGCAGCCGCAGUCGCGUGCUCAAGAUGGCACUGCUGCCAAUGGCUCGCGUUUGGACGGCUUCUUGGACCGCUUCAAGUACCAAGAGCAAGGCUCGGGUCGGUCCACCAAAUCAGCGACUUCCGAUGGCGGCGAACCCGGCACGCAUGACGCUCCGAUCGUGGUCGAGGUCGCACAAGGCUCGUUCAAGUCCCAGCUCUUCAGCCUCGCUCGCCAACUCAUCAUGGUGACUGUGCUGAUGGCGUAUCUGUCGACCAUGCUGGAGGAGCGCACCGGCAUGUCCAAGUCCAUGAACCAACACAACGAAGUCCAGCCCGACACUAACUCGGACUGCCGUUUUGCGGACGUUGCCGGCGUCGACGAGGCCAAGGAAGAGCUGACUGAGAUUGUUGAAUACCUCAAGGAUCCCGAAAAGUUCCAGCGUCUCGGUGGUCGUUUGCCCAAGGGUGUCUUGUUGUACGGCCCGCCCGGUACCGGCAAGACGCUCCUCGCCAAAGCCAUCUCGAACGAGGCCAAGGCCAGCUUCUUUUAUGCCAGCGGCUCCGAGUUUGACGAGCUUUUCGUCGGUGUCGGCAGCAAGCGCAUCCGCGAGCUGUUCGCCCAGGCCAAGCGCAAGAGUCCCGCCAUCAUCUUCAUUGACGAAAUUGACGCCAUCGGCGCGUCCCGAACCACGCGCGAUCAGCAGUUUAGCAAGAUGACACUCAACCAGCUCCUGAUCGAAAUGGACGGCUUCAAGCAGAACGACGGCGUCAUUGUCAUUGCUGCGACCAACUUCCCCGAGCUGCUCGACAAGGCCCUCGUGCGUCCUGGUCGAUUCGACCGCCACGUGACUGUGCCGUUGCCGGAUGUCUUGGGACGCAAGCAGAUUCUCGAUGUCCACACGAAAGACAUUCCCGUUGCCAAGAACGUCGAUCUGAGCAUUAUCGCGCGCGGCACUCCAGGUUUUUCGGGUGCCGAGCUUGCCGAGGUGGUGAACCAAGCAGCCCUCAAAGCGUCGGUCGAAGGGGAUAAGGUUGUGACGAUGGCGCACCUCGAGUAUGCCAAGGACAAGAUCAUCAUGGGUGCCGAACGCAAAUCGGCCGUCAUUGACGACAGCGUGCGCAAAAUCACCGCCUACCACGAAGGCGGGCAUGCUCUGGUCGCCCUCAUGUCGCACGGUGCUCAUCCUGUUCACAAGGCAACAAUUAUGCCCCGCGGUCGAGCUUUGGGCAUGGUUGCUCAAUUACCCGAAAAGGACGAGAUCAGCACCACGCGUCGACAGCUGCUCGCACGCUUGGAGGUUUGCAUGGGUGGCCGUGUUGCCGAAGAGCUCAUUUUCGGCCACGACAACAUUACAAGCGGCGCUUCGAGCGACAUUGCAAGCGCGACGUCUCUUGCGCGCGCCAUGGUGACUCAGUACGGCAUGAGUGAAAAGAUUGGCCCUGUGCUGCACCGCGAGGAGGACAUGGAUAAGCUAAGCCCCGAGACACUUGCUGUGAUUGAGUCAGAGGUCAAGGCGCUAGUUGAGACUGCUUACAAAAACGCAACUCAAAUGCUCAGAACGAACAGCACAGAGCUUCAUCGCAUUGCGCAAGCCCUCAUCGAAUAUGAGACGCUCAAUGGUGAAGAGCUGAAGCUUAUUGUGCAAGGCAAAUCCAUUCCACGCGAUCCCGUCACGCCCAAGAAGCAGUAAUCACCGACACUGCGUGUCAACUAACGGCUGUGUGGCUGGUUUUCGACGCGACUAUUCUGUAUUUGUAGUAAAAUUCAACCUUGUUUGUUUUGUCUUCUGAAAGCGAAAACAUUCAAAUUUCAAAGACGUCACAUCCACCAAAAAGCGA